GCGUGGUCAUGUCCUGGCUUCCCCCAACUAAGCCGAACGGGAUCAUCCGGAAAUACACCAUCUUCUGCUCCAGCCCUGGGUCCGGACAGCCAGCCCCUAGCGAGUACGAGACCAGCCCCAAGCAACUCUUCUACCGCAUCGCCCACCUCAACCGCGGGCAGCAGUACAUGUUGUGGGUGGCGGCCGUGACCUCGGCAGGACGUGGCAACAUCAGUGAAAAGGUCACCAUUGAGCCUGCUGGGAAAGAUCCGCAUCAGGUGGAUUAG